GUCAAUGUCAACCAGCAUUGCGAUUAAUGCAAAACCCAGUUCCAGCUCCAGUAGGAAAUCCACCCAUUCAAAAUCCCGCUGAAAACCCAGCUCCAGAGGGCAAUCUCAUUUCGUUCGACGAAAACCUACCGACGCUCCAGCCAGCCCAGCUGAGAGAAGAAAAUGUGCCGGCAGUCGACCUUUUAACUGAUGAUAUUCCAGAUAUAAAAGCAAAGCCAAGUUCUAAUAUUCAAGGAGAACAAAAAAAGAAAUCAAUUUUAACGAUAGAUGAAUUAAUAAAAUGUGUUUCAAAACCGGGAAUUAAAAAUAAUAAAAAAAUUAGAUCAAAGCCUAUACCUAAAACAGAUGAAGAAUGGUAUGAUUUAAUAGAAACUGAUGAUGAAGAUAGCGAGCCAAGUGAUUCAGAAUAUGAUACAGCCGAUGAAGAUCCAAAUAUCUAUUUCGAAAAAAUCAAAAAUCCAUAUAUUAAUAGAAUAUCGGAAACUGAAAAAUUUAAUGAAGGAGAGGUAUGUGAUUACUAUGCAUUCGUGCCAAAAGGUUAUUAUGCAGAAAACGAGCCAUUAGGCUUCUUUGAAUCAAUUGAGGAAAAAAUUACUAAUGUAUAUAAAAGAGAAUUAGGUUUAAAAGGAGGAUUAAAGGUGAGAAUUGUAUUAUAUGCAAAUAUGAAGAAAAUUAAACCGGAAACACCAGAACCUAUAUAUAAAACUUUUCCAUUCAAGCAUGAAACAAUAGAAAUUAUUAGAGAAGAUCGAAUUAACGCAACUAUAGAAAAAGGAUAUAACGAAAUUAUAGACCAGAUUGAGGAUGAAGCAUUACAAGAAUCAGGAUGGGCAUUUGUUAGAGCAGAAGAGGUAUUUCUCGAAAUAAGCACAUUCAGACCAUUGCGAGGAAGUAGUUAUCUACCUUUACCAGAAGCUUUAGAUAAACCUCAACUAGGAUUAAUUAAUCCGCAAAAUAAAGAUGAUAAUGAGUGUUUUAAAUGGUGUAUAAGUGCAUAUCACACAAGAGAGGAAGCAAAAAAAGCUAAUAAAAAGCCACCGCAUCUUAAUGAAAUCCGGAGACUUAGACGAAAUGCUAAUAUAGCAAAUUAUAAAGGCAUAAAAUUUCCAGCAACAUUACACGAUAUAGAUAAAUUCGAGGAAAUUAACCCUAACUAUGCUAUUAAUAUAUUUAGGCCA